CAUACCUUCUCAUGUUUUCUUGUCAAUUGUUAUUAAAUUUUAUAACCUGAGAAUUUUCAGGAGAAUGAGAUCAUUAUAAAUAACGCUCUUGAGAUCUUAUGUAUUCGAUACAACCAAAAAUGUUAAUGUACCCUAAACUCGUUGGUAUUUAGCAUAACUCUAAUGCAUAAUUUUGAGCCCUGUGUAAUUUUUUCUUGUUCUAUUUUAAAAGAGAGAAAGUCAUCAUAGAUGUAUAUCCUGGCUCGCAUGGAUAGCGGACAAACCCAUAAAAUAGCGAAAACGAGAACUCGACUUUGCUGGUUUUUCUCCUGUUUGGGUUGUACCGGUAGACAAUGGUAUCCAAAAAUCAAAUUCAGGCUCUGUAAACGUAAGACUUCAUUUAUCUAAAGUAAGCUUACCUUUCAUAGCAACUAGACACCUUUAAAAUUACAACACAAACUUGGAUAGAACCUCAUACCACCUUGGACAAAUUAACAAUUCAUGCAUUUGGACAACCAUAUGAAAAAAUCAUUAUGACCAUGAAUUCAUGAUGAUAAACUAUAUUAUUAUUAUUGUCUUUGAGUUGUAGUUGGAAGAUUAUGCCAAGUCCCCCACCAGUUUUUUUUAGAGGCAAUAAGGGAAGAAGAUGUAUGUCACUAUGCCAUAUGCCAAAAGCAUGGAGCUUUCCUUGGUGCACCUAGUUUUGGUGUUGUGGGACAAACACAAGUUUUAGAUUGAAAGGGAUACCUCUUUUUUCUUCUUUUCGGGUAGUCAAGAAGAAUCUUCAAUUAGAUAGAUUGCAACAUUGUAUAUUAUAAUUGAUCAAAGUUUUUUUAUAGACCCAUUAAGUUAAUUAUAUCAUAGAUAAAGAUAGCAUCAAUUUGUAUAUGAAUAUGAUGAAUGCAUAGUGACACCAACAUAUAAAAACAGAAAAAUAAGAAGUUUGGUGGCAUUGACAUGAGAGGAGCACAAAAGAGAGAGACCCACUUGCCCCCAUUACAUGAGGUGGGCAAUACAAUGAGAUUGAAGUGGGUUACCAACCUUAAAAAGAGAUUGUUUUGCAUUUGUUCUUUUAUGUUCUAGAAGGUAGAUAUUGCCAAAGAAAAACCAAACACUGUCUUUUGCUUACAUUUCAUAUUAAUUUCUUGCUUUACUAAACCUAAAAAAAUCAUUUGAUAUUUUCUAGCUUAUCGUCAAAUUUUAAUUGUUAAUGCUAGUUUAAUAUGAUGAUAUAACAUAAAACUAGAAUUUAUUCAUGUACUACCCUAUAUCCCGAGCUUUCAAUUCUGAACCCUAAACCUUUACUACAAACCCUUAAGAUACAAGUAAAUCAAAUCCUAAACGAUUUCUUGCAAAUUCAUUCAUUUUUUUUUCUUCAUUGAAUUACAGUUAGAGUUUAAGAUCAUUUUAUUCCUUAACGGUUUGCUCAAAAUAUUAAUUAUGAAUAGAGUGUUUAAUUGAGUGCACUAACGAAAAAUAUUUUAAUUAUAUCAAUUUUUUGUUACUACUUUCUCUUUUCUAUCAGGACUCAGUCGGUUCGUUAUAAUACAUACUUCGAGAUUACUCAAUUCCAUUAUAUGGCCCUCAAAUAACAAUAUGUAUUAAUUACUAAAACUCUCAAAGCACAACUAGCUAAAUCAGUUACAAAUUUACAAUCUUAAUCGAUACUUCGACAAUCGUUUUAUCCGGAACUCAAACCACAUUCGAACAAAACCGAUUCACUUCAUUUGAUCCUCGCCCUUUGAACUACACGAAUGGUAUCAUAUUCUUGACAAAUCCUUCUAAGGCUCUCCUUAUAAAAUAUAUAAAAUAAAAGAAAAAACAUAUUCCUUCUUAUCUUCCUUACCGUUCAAACAAAGGGCGCCUGCACUUUCCUUUAAUAUGAUAAAUCCGGCGCCUGUUGUUUAUGGAAAAACCAUAUAUAUCUAUAGAGUGGCUGGCUGGUUAUUGUUAGUUGUGGCCGGCAAUGUGAGGAAAAAAUCCUAAAGUACACUAGUUUUUUAAAAAAAUUCUCAAAAUACAUAAAUUAUAAAAAAAAAUUCAAAACUACACAUGUUUCACAUUCACCGUUUUUGACAAACGCAGUGAAUAUAAUCACCGCGUUUGACAAACACGGUGAACAUUUCACCGUUUUUAAUAAAAAUGAUGACGUGUUCACCGUUUUUAUUAAAAGCGGUGAAGUGUUCACCGCGUUUAACAAAAACGGUGAAUACAUCACUGUUUAAAUUAAAAGCAGUGAAAACGUCACCGUCUUAGGGCAAAGCGGGGAACAUCUUCACCGCCUCAGGCUAAGGCGGUGAUUGUUUCCCACGUUUCCCACUCCUGGUAGGUGAAAAUUAGGUCACAACCACCUAAUCUUCACUGUUUGAGACAGAAGCGGUGAUGUUGUUCACCGUUUUUGACAAAAACGGUGAAGUCUUCCCGAUUUUCCUUUAUAUACAACUCUCACCAGCAGUUGUAAAAACAUAAUCCCUCCCCCCUCUUCAAAUUUCAGCAACCAAAAUCGAGCAACAUACACAGAACAUGAAUUUUCGGUAUGAUUUAAUUUUUGUAUUAAUUCCUAAUGGUUGUUUUUAGUAGUUAUAUUGUUAUGUUAUGAAUUACUUAUCAUAGCAAAUAUGGUCGAUGUUAUGAAUUACUGGAAUUAUGCUAAUAGUUACUUAUUGUAAAUUGUAGAUAUGGGUAAAUUCAAAAAGUUUCAGCUUAUUAUUCGGUGGAAUGGAAGGGUUACAAACUCUGACAUAGGGAUUGAUUAUGAGGACGGUGUAUCCACUAUGCAGAAAAUUGAGUCGCGAUUCAAUUUUCAAGAACUCUGUGAUAUUUGUGCAGACAGGGUUUGUACGAGCGGACAGACGAGACUUGGUAAAAUUAGUUAUCGGUAUCCAUGUAUGAGUACUGGCAGGCUUGUGUACCAAGAAGUUGUCAUAAACGAUGAUGACGCGGUUACGAUGAUGUUACAGUUCCUAAGCGAUAAUGGGAUGCGACAAGCAGAGGUGUAUGUUGAGACCGAGGUAAUCGGUGAAACUCAUUCUCACCAGUAUUCUUAUGAUGAUGGUUUUGCAGGAGGGUACGGAUGGGGUGGUAGUUCGAGCAACUACGAAGGAGGUGGUUAUACAGGAGGUUACGGAGAGGGUGGUAGUUCAAUCAACUACGGUGGAGGUAGUAGUGCAGGAUGGGUGCCAUCGGAAGAAUACUCGCAACAGGAUCAACCUGCCGAUGGCGUUCAAUGGCCUGCUUGGGGGCCUGAGUGGGCAGAAAUCGAGAAUACCAUUCGAGCAGGGCGUACUUCACAUGAGCGAGAAGAUGAGGUUGGUGGUGGUGGUCAUGUUGAUCCUUCUGGGCCGAGCUAUCCAUUCGUUACUCACCGUUUUAAACAAAAACGGUGAACACGUCACUGUUUUAUUUAAACGCGGUGAUUAUAUUCACUGCGUUUGUCAAAAACGGUGAAUGUGAAACAUGUGUAGUUUUGAAAUUGUUUUCAUAACUUACGUAUUAUGGAAAUUUUUGUUAAAAACUUAUAUACUUUGGGAUUUUUUUUCCAUGUGUGACAUAUGUGUGUGGAAAAUCAAGCAGAAAGAGCAAUGCAUGAAUUGUGUUGCAAAAUGGGUUCGGUUGGCGCGAUGGCGAAAACGACGUUCACCUAUUUUACACUUAGGAAUCGCAACCACUACCCACAAGAAAGUCGUCCAAGCUCCACGUAUACAUAGAGUAAAUUAUAAUCUUUCAUAUGGAGGUCACUGUGUUAAUUAAAAAAAAAGGAGAGAGAUUCGACACUAAAGUUUUUUUUUUUUUUUAUAAUGUCGACACUAUAGUUAAUCAAGAUCUUUGUUGGAAGUCAAUAUUCUUGUUUGUGGUGAGACUGAGAAAGAAAUUUAUGAUCAGUUCAGUUAACAAUGUAGAUUUUACGUGAAAUCGUUUUGGUGAUUUAGAAGCGUAAAAUUGUAAGCUUUUAAGCAAAGACCGAAUACACUUGUAAGGGGAAAACGCGAUUCUACAUAAGAGCGUUUUGGUAACCUGAAAGUGUAAAAGCGUAAGCUUUUAAAAUUUAAAGCGCGAUUUUAACUGUACUAGUUGUGAUGAAUUUUUCCAUACACGGUACAUAUUUGUUGGGAUCAAUAUGUAUGUAAGGAAUGGUGUAUAAGAUACGGGUUUUUUUAUAUGUACUAGUAAUUUGAGUUAUUGAAGAAAAAAUAGUCUUGACAUGUUAUCAGAGUAUGUAUUUGAUAAUCGAUCAACAUGUAAAGAAUGAAGUAUAAGAUUGGGAAAAUGGGUCUUGACAUGUUAUCUGAAGUAAGUAUUUGGAUAAUUGAACGAUAGUAUGUUGAUACAUGCACGAAUUUUGAAGGAUCCAUUAAUAGAAAUUAUAUAAGAUAAAAACAUAAUUUGGUAUGAAACCGAGUCAUGAAGAAUAACUAAAUGGAUUAUGGAAGAUAAGUUCCAAAGAUUAAUUAUUAACCUCCCUUUACAAUGUUUUUUCUCUCUUGAAAUUGAAAAGAGUGAGUGGAGUAAGUUGAAGGGUGGGUAUGAUCUUCUAGAAGACUAUAACCCAAAUUGGACCCUCCUUUUGUCCCUUUGCUAAUUUUCUUGACCAAAUUUGUAUUGAAAAUGAAAGGGUGGUCAGCAAGGAAGACCAUGGCAAAGGUUGGGCCAACAGAUCAUAAAACAGAGAGUUGGAGGUUGGAAUUUGUCCAUAAUUUGACUUCUUCUAAUAAGAACAAAUGAAAAUGGAAAGAAAUUUGACGUCACAUAUUUUUGUUUUUUGUUCUUGAAUGAACUAACCUAAAUCUGUUCAACCAAAUUCAAUCUCUUUUGACGUUUUUCUGACUGAAUAUCAACUAACCUCCGUCAAUGUUCGACAAACUUAUGAAAGUGGACUUACAAUUCGAGCGUUCAAUUUCGUUGGUGAGUCAAGGUAUUCAUUUUUUUUCCUCAAAAUUUCAGGAAGUGAAUCUAUAUGUUAUUGCAACCCUAUCAGACAUGACGUAUUGCUCUCACAAUUUACCGUCAUAGUCAUUGAAUAUUUCGUAUGGUUUACGAGUUUGAUCUCACGUUCCGUUUCAAGUGUUAGAUACAGUUGCACAGUCAUGUUUUUGUUGCACAUAUAUUGACUACUUUUUUCCUUACGAAUUUAUUGCCGAUUGGAAUUUAUAAGACCACUGAAAAUCGAAUUUACUUGACGAUGACUCACCAAUUGAGAAAAUUGAAAAGAAGUAGUAUUUUAAAAGGAAAAUGUUUGGGAAGAGCAAAAAAAUCAAAACAGAGUCAUACCAUACACACAAAUAUUCCAAAGUUGGAAUGAAGAGGAAAUGCAAAG